GAAAAACUUAGUUCACCGUAGUCAAGCGAGCGCGUCGGAUAAUUUAGACAAACAAAGAAUUUUAUUUACAAGAAUCUAAAUUUGAAAUAUAAUCAAUACCAAUACGGAGUACGGAGUACGGAGCAGAAAUGCGUUCAAAGUCGAUGCAUAAAUGGAUGACAGGUGAAAUGGAGCGUCUCUCCUUGAAAUUCGAAAGAUAUAAGCCAACUGGCAGUGGUUAUAAUCGCAUACAACCUAUAUUAUUGUCAAGAAGUGUUACACAAAUGCUAAAUAAUCCAUUGCCAGUUGUGCAUCAAAUUGGCAGCACUGCAACUCAUUCUAUACAUCAUGAAACGUCUACUAGACCCAGAGGUGUGCUAAGCCGUACUCCAUCUGAAUGGGAAGAAGUGUAUCCGGUAGUGAAAUUUAGCCGUGUUAAUAGUGACGAACUAAGCCCUACCAAUGAAGUCAAUAAAAAGUUUGUAUUUUACCGCAAUUGUUCGACAAGAUUAACAUAGACUCUAAAGAAAAGAAAAAGACAAAUUUAAUGAUUUAAGAUUUCUGAAUGUGUUACUCCUUCGUAUUAGCAGGAAAAUUUAAUAUAAUAUUUUAUACAUAUUUAUAUAUUGUUGUAAUUAAGUAGAAUAGUCAAUUAAUGUACUUAUAC